GCGUCGCGCUUGUGCUCAGCUACGGAGGCACGUCUCCUGGGAGGAUAAAAGAAAAGAUGCCCGCCAUACAGAAGCCAAUGAGAUAUGGACAUACAGAAGGACACACAGAUGUCAGUUUUGAUGAUUCUGGGAGUUGUAUUGUGACUUGUGGAAGUGAUGGUGACGUGAGGAUUUGGGAAGACUUAGAUGAUGAUGACCCUAAGUCAAUUAAUGUUGGAGAAAAGGCAUAUUCCUGUGCUUUGAAGAAAGGAAAAUUGGUCACUGCAGUAUCUAACAAUACUGUUCAAGUCCACACUUUUCCGGAAGGAAUUCCAGAUGGCAUAUUGACUCGCUUUACCACAAAUGCAAACCAUGUGAUCUUUAACGGAGAUGGUGCUAAAAUUGCUGCUGGGUCCAGUGACUUUAUCGUCAAAGUUGUGGAGGUGAUGGACAGUAGCCAGCAGAAAACACUUCGAGGACAUGAUGCUCCUGUCUUAAGUCUUUCUUUUGAUCCCAAGGACAUCUUUCUGGCAUCAGCCAGUUGUGAUGGAUGUGUCAAAGUGUGGCAAAUUUCAGACCAGACAUGUGCUGUUAGCUGGCCACUGCUACAAAAAUGCAAUGACAUGAUCAAUGCAAAAUCAAUAUGCAGACUUGCUUGGCAGCCUAAAAGUGGCAAGUUGCUGGCAAUUCCUGUUGAAAAAUCUGUCAAGCUCUAUAGAAGAGAAACUUGGAAUAAUCAGUUUGAUCUUUCAGAUAAGUUCAUCUCUCAGACCCUCAACAUAGUAACGUGGUCUCCUUGUGGGCAGUAUUUAGCUGCAGGCAGUAUUAAUGGCUUAAUUAUAGUCUGGAAUGUGGAAACUAAAGAAUGCCUAGAAAGGGUCAAACAUGAGAAAGGUUAUGCAAUUUGUGGCCUGGCCUGGCAUCCUACUUGUAGCCGAAUCGCUUAUACUGAUGCAGAAGGGUACCUGGGGCUCCUGGAGAGCGUGUGUGAGCCCAAUGGAAAGAAGUCGAGCAGUAAGGUAUCUAGCGGAGUAGAAGAGGAUUACAACAACCUCUUUGAUGGGGAUGAUGCGAGCAAUGCUGCUGAUUUCCUGGAUGACGGUGCCUUUGAGACCCCCUCUUUCUCGAAGGGGGUUGUCAGUGAUAAUGAGGGUGAUGAGGACUUCAUGCUGGCUUCAAGCCGUUCGAGACGGAGAAGUCACAUGCUGGAAGAUGAUGAGAACUCCGUUGAUGUUGCAUUGCCUAAAAUGGGCUCUGGUCUUCUCAAAGAGGAGGAAGAAGAUGAUCAGGCGGACCACAUCCGCAAUUUAUCAGUGGUAGCGUCCCAAAGGCCAUUUUAUGACGGACCUAUGCCAACUCCCCGGCAAAAGCCAUUCCAGUCAGGCUCUACACCCUUACAUCUCACUCAUAGGUUCAUGAUGUGGAAUUCUGUUGGAAUCAUCCGCUGCUACAAUGACGAGCAAGACAAUGCCAUAGAUGUGGAGUUCCACGAUACCUCCAUACACCACGCAACACACUUGUCAAAUACUCUGAAUUACACAGCAGCAGAUCUUUCUCAGGAAGCUAUCUUGCUGGCCUGUGAAAGCACUGAUGAACUAGCAAGCAAGCUGCACUGCCUGCACUUUAGUUCGUGGGAUUCAAACAAAGAGUGGAUGGUGGAUAUGCCUGCGAAUGAGGACAUCGAAGCCCUCUGUCUCGGUCAGGGAUGGGCCGCCGCCGCCACGAGCGCCUCGCUGCUCCGGCUCUUUACCAUUGGGGGCGUGCAGAGGGAGGUGUUCAGCCUUCCGGGGCCGGUGGUGGCCAUGGCAGGACACGGAGAACAGCUUGUCAUCACUUACCACCGAGGCACAGGCUUUGACGGGGAUCAGUGUCUUGGAGUUCAACUUCUGGAGGUGGGGAAAAAGAAAAAACAGAUCCUGCAUGCUGACCCUCUCCCCCUUUCAAGGAAAUCCCACCUUAUGUGGCUUGGAUUUUCAGCUGAAGGUACCCCCUGCUACGUGGAUUCAGAGGGCAUCGUCCGAAUGCUGAACAGGGGACUUGGGAAUACCUGGACUCCCGUGUGUAACACCCAAGAGCACUGCAAGGGCAAGUCUGACCACUACUGGGUGGUCGGUGUCCAUGAAAAUCUCCAGCAGCUGAGGUGCAUUCCUUGCAAAGGCUCGAGGUUUCCUCCCACCCUUCCCCGACCUGCUGUGGCCAUUUUACCCUUUAAACUCCCGUAUUGUCAGACUGCAACAGAGAAAGGACAAAUGGAGGAAGAAUUUUGGCGUUCGGUUAUGUUUCACAACUACCUUGAUUAUUUAGCUAAAAAUGACUAUGAAUACGAAGAGAGCAUUAAGGACCAAGCAACAAGAGAACAACAGGAGCUUUUAUUGAAAAUGCUUGCGCUUUCGUGUAAACUGGAGAGGGAAUUUCGAUGUAUGGAACUUGCUGAUCUGAUGACUCAGAAUGCUCUGAAUUUAGCUAUUAAGUAUGCCUCUGGCUCUCGGAAAAUAAUAUUAGCCCAAAGACUUAGUGAACUGGCAAUGGAGAAGGCAGCAGAAUUGGCAGCGGCCCAGGAGGAAGAGGAGGAAAGAGAAGAGGCUUUCAGGGGAAAGCCGAAUACUAGUUACUCUAAAACUGCCUCAGAGUGGAGCCAGUCCAGGCUUGGGAGCCAAGUUGAAGAAGAGGCAGAGGCCGAGGACAGCGGAGAAGCUGAUGAAGUUGAAGAAACCACCAACCUACGUAAGCAGGGACAGAACUCAUUUUCCCAAAGUACAAACUCCUCUGAUGUGCCAACUGUGAAGUCAGGUGCUGUUACCUCCAGCCACCAAGGACGCGCAAACCCCUUCAAGGUGAUGGCCAAUUCCAAAGAGCCAGCCAUUUCCACGAAUAUAGCACACUCAACUAAUAUUCUAGAUAAUAUGCACAAAUCCUCCAAGAAAUCCAUUGCACUGAGUCGAGCGGCAAGUAACGAAAAGUCUCCAGUGAUCAAGCCUCUAAUUCCAAAGCCAAAGUCUAAGCAGGUAUCUGCGGCCUCCUUUUUCCAAAAAGCAACUUCCCAAGCUGGUAAGACUGAUGAAGCGAAAGAAGACAGCGCUAAAAAGUCGUCCUCUGAGACCCCAGCAGUGUCUCCUCAAAACAGUGAGAGCAAAAGGCCCACAACUGGGUUCCAGAUGUGGCUGGAAGAAAACAGAAGCAGCAUUUUGUCCGACAACCCUGACUUUUCGGAUGAAGCAGAAAUAAUAAAAGAGGGAAUGCUCCGCUUCAGAGUGCUGCCAGCUGAAGAAAGGAAGGCGUGGACUGACCGGGCCAAAGGAGGGCCUGCACGUGAUGGAGCCGAAGUGAAAGCUCAAAAGCGGCCGUUGGAUGAAAGUAACGAAUCAGAAAGCCAGAGAGAAAAGACAAAGGAGAAGGUGAACUUGCCCAAAAAGCGAAAACCUUUAGAUCGUUCUACAAAUCAGAAACUGUCGGCUUUUGCAUUUAAGCAAGAAUGAUGGGAAGAA